AGCUAGCUCGAGCAGCUCGCCUGCCCCUGAUCGUUCAUCUACCGAAUCACCAAACUAAUAGCGCCGCCCCAAGCUGCGCGUCUGUCGACCAUGUAGAAACCACGAAGAAAUGGCGGUGGUAGUUGCCAUGCACUCGCUUGCAAUCUCCUAUAUAUGGAGAGAACUCUAGCGCUUGUCCCAACACACACAUUCCAUCUCUUCGCCUAGCCAUCUUCUCCUCUAGAGCUCGAGAGCGACUCCAGCUGAUCGCUGCUCGAGCCUACAAACCAUGGCCAUGGCUGUCUCCUCUGCUCUUCCAUGCUCUCUCCUCAUGGGGACCCUAGUGCUCCUCUCCUCCAUCAUCCAAGCGCAAGGCAUCACGAGGCACUACGACUUCAAUGUGACAAUGGCAAACGUGACACGGCUGUGCGCCAGCAAGAGCAUCAUCACGGUGAACGGGCAGUUCCCCGGCCCCAAUCUCGUCGCGAGAGAAGGCGACCGCGUCGUCGUCCGCGUGACCAACCACGUCCAGCACAACAUCUCCCUCCACUGGCACGGCAUCCGGCAGCUGCGCACCGGGUGGUCCGACGGGCCGGCGUACAUCACGCAGUGCCCGAUCCAGACGGGGCAGAGCUACGUGUACAACUUCACCAUCGUCGGGCAGCGCGGCACGCUGUGGUGGCACGCGCACAUCUCCUGGGUCCGCGCCACGGUCUACGGAGCCAUCGUCAUCCUCCCCAAGCUCGGCGUCCCCUACCCGUUCCCAGCGCCGCACAAGGAAGUCCCCGUCAUCUUCGGUGAGUGGUGGAUGGCGGAUACGGAGGUGGUGAUCAGUCAGGCGCUUCAGACCGGCGGAGGCCCAAAUGUCUCUGACGCUCACACGAUCAACGGCUUCCCAGGGCCGCUCUACAACUGCUCUGCAAAAGACACAUACAAGCUGAAGGUGAAGCCCGGGAAAACGUACAUGCUGCGCCUCAUCAACGCGGCACUCAACGACGAGCUCUUCUUCUCCGUCGCCAACCACUCGCUCACCGUCGUCGAGGUCGACGCCGUCUACGUCAAGCCCUUCACCGUCGACACCCUUGUCAUCGCCCCGGGCCAAACCACCAACGUCCUUCUCGCCUCCAAGCCGUUCUACCCCGGCGCCAACUUCUACAUGUCCGCCGCGCCCUACUCCACCGCCAGGUCGGGCACCUUUGACAACACCACCGUCGCCGGCAUCCUCGAGUACCAAUACCCCGACUCCCCCUCCGCGUCGUCAAGCUUCAACAAGGCAUUGCCACUCCUCAAGCCGACCCUUCCGCAGCUCAACGACACCGACUUCGUCGGCAACUUCACCGCCAAGCUCCGCAGCCUCGCAACUCCGCAGUACCCGGCGGCGGUGCCGCAGACGGUGGACAAGCGGUUCUUCUUCACGGUCGGGCUUGGCACGCACCCGUGCCCCGCGAACACGACGUGCCAGGGGCCCACCAACACGACGCAGUUCGCGGCGUCCGUGAACAACGUCUCCUUCGUGCUCCCCACCAAGGCGCUGCUGCACUCGCACUUCACCGGCCUGUCCAGCGGCGUCUACUCGUCGGACUUCCCGGUCGCGCCGCUGACGCCGUUCAACUACACGGGGACGCCGCCGAACAACACGAACGUGGCCAACGGGACCAAGCUGGUCGUGCUGCCGUACGGCGCCUCCGUGGAGCUGGUUAUGCAGGGCACGAGUAUCCUCGGCGUCGAGAGCCACCCGCUGCACCUGCACGGCUUCAACUUCUUCGUGGUCGGGCAAGGGUACGGCAACUACGACCCGGCGAACGACCCGGCCAAGUUCAACCUCGUCGACCCCGUCGAGCGGAAUACCGCCGGCGUGCCGGCCGGUGGCUGGGUGGCCAUCCGCUUCCUUGCCGACAACCCAGGUGUAUGGUUCAUGCAUUGCCAUUUGGAGGUGCACACAACAUGGGGUCUCAGAAUGGCAUGGCUGGUGCUCGAUGGCAGCCUCCCGCACCAGAAGCUGCUCCCUCCGCCGUCUGAUCUUCCCAAAUGCUAAUUAGACUCGCUCCUGCCGAUUGGUUUCAAAAAUAAAUGUGAAUUAGACUUGAUCACAUAUGCUGGAUUUUUUUCUUGUUUACUUUGUUAGUUCCCAAUUGCAAUUCUUUCGACUUCCAUUUUAGUCGGUUCCUAGCUGACCUUUGUGUUUUUUCCUAUUCGUUUGCCACUUUGUAUUGGCAAUGUUUUGAUACUUUUCAGCCAAUAAACAAUGGCGUGACUUGCACCAA